CCAUGGUGGGCCCUGGCGCGGUGCUGGGGGGCUCCAGGGGGCUGCUCUCGGCCCGCCUGGGCUGCCGGCUCCGGGAGGAGGACGUGGGCAGGAGGGAAACCUUCAGCGCCGAGUGGCUGGACCUGGAGCUCAGCUCCCGGCCCGAGGACGGGUGGUGCCGGCGGGAGGCGGCCACGCAGCGCCGGGAGACGCUGGAGCAGCGCGGGGCCGUGCGGCUGCUGGAGCAGCGCUCGCCCUGGGGGCUGCUGCGGGUGGGGGUCCUGGGCCAACCCCCCACCCAGCACCUCCUGCCCUACGCCCGCACCCUCCCCGUGCCCCUCUUCGCCCCCUCGGACCUCCGCGGUGCCAAGGGGGGCGUUCCCCGCACCCUCUCCCGCUCCCUCUCCCACGAAGCCCAGCGGGGCUGAGCGCGGCAGAGGGGCCGGGGGAG